AUGAAGCUCGCUCCCAGGGAGUUCGAUAAGCUGCGGCUGCACCAGGCGGGGGUGCUGGCGCAGAAGCGGUUAGCGAGAGGGGUUAGGCUUAACCACCCGGAGGCCAUCGCCCUCAUCGCAACACAGAUCUUGGAGUUCAUUCGGGAGGGCAAGUCGGUUGCAGAGCUGAUGGACUUGGGGCGACAACUGCUGGGAAAGCGCCAGGUGUUGCCAGCUGUUGCUCACCUGUUGGACGAGGUCCAGAUCGAGGGCACCUUUCCGGACGGCACAAAGCUGGUCACCGUUCACUCGCCCAUCUCGCUGGAGAACGGGGACCUAAAACUGGCCCUGCAUGGUUCUUUCUUCCCUGUUCCGGACGUCGACGCAUUCCCGCCGCUCGAAGAGGAGAGCGAGGCGCCUGGCAAGGUCACCACAGCCGCCGGAUCCGUCGUUCUCAACGCGGGCAGACUCACUGUGAAACUGACGGUCACCAGCAAGUGCGAUCGCCCAAUCCAGGUCGGGAGUCACUACCACUUCAUCGAGACGAACCCCUUCCUGGUGUUCGACCGAGCGGCCGCGUACGGCAUGCGGCUCAACAUUGCGGCUGGAACUGCGGUCCGCUUCGAGCCUGGCGAGAGUAAGUCCGUGGUGCUAGUGUCAAUCGGCGGUAACAAGGUCAUCCGCGGCGGCAACUCCCUGGUCGACGGGCCUGUGAACGCGGAGAGACUGGCGGGAGUUAUAGAGAAAGUCAAGGCCCAAGGAUUUGGUCAUAUGGAGCAGGGGACAGCAGUAAAGGGCAUCGUUGGGCAGACUGCGCAUCACACCGUCAGCAUCCCCAAAGAGCACUACGCCAACACUUACGGACCGACCGUUGGAGACAAGGUCAAGCUGGGGGACACGAAUCUUGUGUUGGAGGUUGAGCGUGACCUGACCCACUACGGCGAUGAGUGCAAGUUUGGCGGCGGAAAGGUGUUGCGCGAGGGCAUGGGCCAGAUGGCGGGCGUCGGCGCGGCUGAUGUCCUGGACACCGUGAUCGUCAACGCGCUUAUUGUCGACUACUCCGGCAUCUACAAGGCUGACGUGGGCAUCAAGGGCUCCAAGAUCAGCGCCAUCGGCAAGGCUGGCAACCCUGACGUCAUGGAAGGCGUCACAGAGGGCAUGAUCGUGGGAGUGAACACUGAAGCGAUUGCUGGGGAGGGUAUGAUCCUUACCGCAGGAGGCAUCGACACGCACAUCCACUUCAUCUGCCCCCAGCAAGCGGACGAGGCCAUCGCAAGCGGUGUGACCACUCUCAUCGGGGGGGGUACCGGCCCAGCUUCCGGCACCUGUGCUACAACGUGUACUCCCGCCCCCCAUCAGAUGAAAGUUAUGCUGCAAGCGACGGACACGCAGCCGCUCAACAUCGGCUUCACGGGCAAGGGCAACACGGCGAAGCCGGAGGGGCUUGCUGACAUCAUCGAGGCGGGCGCGAUCGGGCUGAAGCUGCACGAGGAUUGGGGCACGACGCCAGCGGCCAUCGACAACUGCCUGACCGUCGCUGAUAAGUUCGACAUCCAGGUGACGAUACACACAGACACGCUGAACGAGUCGUCCGUGGUCGAAGGGACGAUUAAGGCGUUCAAGGGACGGACCAUUCACACCUACCACAGCGAGGGCGCCGGUGGGGGCCAUGCUCCUGACAUCAUCACCGUGUGCGGACAGGCAAACGUGCUGCCGUCGUCCACGAACCCCACCCGUCCGUACACCAAGAACACCAUCGACGAGCACCUCGACAUGCUGAUGGUGUGUCAUCACCUCGACAAGAACACCAAAGAGGACGUCGCAUUCGCCGAGUCUCGGAUCCGUGGGGAGACGAUCGCCGCAGAGGAUAUCCUGCACGACCUGGGGGCGAUUUCCACCAUGUCGUCGGACUCUCAAGCUAUGGGCCGCAUCGGCGAGGUCGUGACUCGCACGUGGCAGACUGCGGACAAGAUGAAGGUCCAGCGCGGGGCGCUGUCCGAAGAUGCGGACCAUGGCAACGACAACUUCCGGGUCAAGCGCUACGUGUCCAAAUACACCAUCAACCCGGCGCUCAUGCACGGGGUUGCUCACGUCAUCGGCUCUGUUGAGGUCGGGAAGCUGGCCGAUCUGGUGCUGUGGCGGCCGGCCUUCUUUGGCGCCAAACCGGAGAUGGUGAUCAAGGGCGGGAUCAUCGCGUGGGCGCAGAUGGGGGAUGCAAACGCCAGCAUUCCUACCCCCCAGCCGAUGGCGAUGCGGCCGAUGUACGGCGCGAUGGGCAAGGCGGUCGGCGCCACGUCACUCGCGUUCAUGAGCCAGGCUGCGAUCGAGAAGGGGAAGCCUAAAGAGUACGGACUGGAGAAGGAGGCGGUCGCAGUCCAAGGCUGUCGGACAAUCACGAAGAAGGACAUGAAGUUCAACUCGGCGCUGCCUGUGAUCAAGGUCGACCCGGAAACGUACUCAGUCACAGCGGACGGCGUCCCCCUCACGUGUCUCCCGGCAGAGAAGCUGCCACUGGCGCAGAACUACUUCCUCUUCUGA